CCUAUAAACAAUUUAGUCUAAGUCCUCUGCUUCCUCCUUAUCAUAUAUAUAUUGCAGAUACACACAUAGUUCCUCUAAAUAGAAGAUAAUACAAAUAAAUCAAGAAAGCUCUAAAGAGGUUUAUAAAUAUAAGAAUGGUUUCGAGGGAACAAAAUAGAGGUUCUUUACAAGAGAAGUUUCAACUGCUUCGUUCAGCCACUAAUUCUCAUGCUCAAAGCGAAACAUCGAUUAUAAUGGAUGCAUCGAAAUAUAUCCAAAACCUUAAGAAAAAAGUCGAAAGAUUCAAGGAGGACACUGCCGCAGAGCAAUCUUCAAGCGAGCCCACGGAUCCCACCACACCAAUGGUAAAAGUCGAAACCCUAGAAAAGGGUUUUAUGAUAAAAGUUUUCUCAGGGGAGAAUCAGCCAGGCAUGCUUGUUUCGGUAUUAGAAGCCUUUGAGGAUAUGGGGCUUGACGUUCUCGAAGCUAGGGUUUCAUGUACGGACUCCUUUAGCUUGCAUGCCAUGGGAGUCAAGGUAAUUAACAAAUCAUCAUACAAACAUAUCUGUAUACAUUAAUGAUAUAUCGUAAUUACAGUUAUUUAUUGUGCCUAUUUAUAUAUGUUUCGGAUAGUGUUUGUAUGAUUUACUCAAUACAAAUGAGCUCACUUUGAGAUAGUUU